AUGGGAUUCGGACUUCACUAUUGGGAUAUUGAUCCGGGAAAUGGCAAGACUAUUUUGCAGAUUUUCUAUGUAUUGCAGAUGCUUUACAUCUUUGUCCAAGUUUUUGCCAAGGCCUCCAUUGCCUGCUUCUACUCCCGCGUGUUCACCAACCAGAAGUUCCGCCUGGCAGUCAAGUUCUUCAUGGUGUUUCUAUUCGUCCACGGAUUCAUGUUUCUGCUGUUGAUGGUGUUUCAAUGCCUACCGAUCGAGUCGAUCUGGGAUCGAUCUAUCCAGGGUCGCUGCCUCAACGUUUCGGCUAUCAGCUACGGAGGCGCUGCUUGUAGUAUCCUGGAGGAUAUUGUCUUGAUUGUUAUCCCUAUUCCAGAACUGAUGAAGCUUCAACUGGGAAAGAAGAAGAGAACGGCAUUGGUUUGCAUGUUUGCUAUUGGAUCCUUGUAA